AUGCCGUCAACAGUCGAUACAAGCGGGGUGGCCGCAGUUCCCUCACAGCCGACACCAACUGUCGAGCUAACGGCAACAGAUCCGGGCAGUCCCCUUGGCGUCUUCGCUUUCGUCAAAGUCCUUGAGCCACAUCUGCUCUUUCUCAUGCUGUCUUCCUUAACUUUACUUUGGAUUGGUGCACAUAGUGCUCUGCGCCGCCCCCCUUCAGCAGCCCCAACCGAGUCUACAAAACAGGAGAAGAAAAAAGAGAAACCCAGAGAGAACCUGGAGUUCUCUGAUGCGAUUCUGUUCCCCCUGUGCCUUGGAGUCGCGCUGGCGGGCAUGUAUUAUGUGAUCAAAGUCCUCCAGUACGCUGACAUCGUCAACUCAAUCCUUCGUGUCUACAUGUCUGUGAUGAGUAUUGCUGGCACCGGCACCUUGAUUGGAGAUGCGCUCGACAUCUACACCAGUCUAAUAUUUCCCGACAUGUGGGCAGACCAAACCGGACGACUGUAUCACAUCGACCAAAACCAGCGUCGGCAGCUUGUGGUUGAGAAGGAGACUGGGAAAAAAGUCCCGACUCCUGACAAGACCAACCCUUUACCUGGCAAGUUGUCAGAAUGGAGAUUCUCCCCAAAAUUAGUUGACAUACUUUGGGGUGUUCGUGGCAUUCUCAACCAGGAAUGGUCUCUUCGCUUUGCUACCUACGGCAAGACCCGCGUCAAAAUUGGCGUCCGGCUCAAUGAUAUCGUCAAAGUGUCUAUCGCCACAGCUCUUGCCAUCACCUACCAUUUUGCAAAGGGGAUUUUUGUGUCUAACCUCCUCGCCAUAGCCCUGUGCUACUCGAGUUUCAGCUUAAUUUCGCCGACGUCUUUCGCCAUCGGGACUCUGGUGCUUGGCGGUCUUUUUGUUUAUGAUAUUGUCAUGGUCUUUUACACGCCAUUAAUGAUCACUGUUGCUUCAAAGGUUGAUGCACCUAUCAAACUUGUCUUUAAGGGGGCCAAAAGUGGCAGCAUCCUUGGUCUAGGCGAUAUUGUCGUACCAGGUUUCAUCAUCUGCCUUGCUCUCCGCUUUGAUCAGUAUCAAUACUACAAGAAGCAGAUCAAGCUCGAGCCCGUCGAACUCAAAACCAUUCUUCCUGACGGUACCGUCUCGACAACACUAACCCACCGUCGCGUCAAAGUCCCCUAUGUUUCGCCGCGCAAUCAAUGGGGCAACCGUUAUUGGACGACCCCUCCCGGUCGGCUAUCACCCAUUCCACAGGCCUACGAACCCAUCUCCGCCACGGCAUUCCCUAAGCCCUACUUUUAUGCCUCGCUCAUUGGGUACACCUUCGGCAUGGUAUCCACGCUGUUGGUGAUGGUGGUGUUCAACCACGCCCAGCCUGCGCUGCUCUAUCUGGUGCCAGGUGUAACAGGGUCUCUCUGGCUGACAGGGCUGAUCAGAGGCGAGUUGAAGGAUAUGUGGGAGUAUACUGAGGAUGGAAGUUUAGACGUGAAGGAUGUGGUUGUUGAGGUGGAUGGAAAAGGCAAUGUCAUUCAGCAGAUUGGGGAAGAGGAAGUGGAAAAGAUGAAAGAGGAUGACGAGAAGGGGCAGAAGGAUAAGAAUGGUGCUGAUAACAGCACUGAAGGAAGCGGUGGUAAAGCCAAAAAGGAUGAAGAGUGGUAUGAACUGUUUACGUUCACCAUCACGGCUCCAAGGAUGAGGUUAUCUGCCACUUAG